UAUUAACGUUUUCUAACGGCUGAUAACUCAUCCGCGAGCUUUCUGAACGUCCGUUAAUGGAUUAAUAUUGGCUGUAAAAUAUAAAAAUAUAACAUUAACUAACCGCAUUUACGAGUGAAUUAUGUUUUUUUUUUUUUAAAGCAUUACAUUUUUUAUUUAUUUUUUUAUCUGUUAAACCUCAUGUUAUGUCCGUUAUUUUAAAUUUGGUGGUACAUUAAUUUCUAAUGAACGUAAAAAAAAAAAUAAAAAAAAUACACUGUAAAACCAGACAAGUUAUUUUAACUCCUAAAAACAUAGUUGAAACUGAUUGCAUCACAUUUUUAUCAGUAGGUUAAUAAAGAUUAUUGAUCAAGCAGAUUUUACUACUAAUUUCAAGUGGCACUAAUUUAGUAAAAAGUUAUUCAUCAGGAAUGUUUCUGUAACUUAAAAAAAUAGGUUAUUUUGUUUUCACAGUACAAAUAUUUUUUUUUUUUUACAGAAUUUAGUCACUUAAAACUACUAAAGCUACUUGAUCAACAACAUUUAGUUAAAAACUUAGAUUUUUUUUUAAAGUUAAAUUAACUAUGGUUUUACAGUGUAUAUUUUCUGAACUAUUGAAACAAAUAUUAAACAAAUAUAAAACCUUUAAAUUAAAUGUACCUUUGUCGCCUCUCCGGUCUAAAAAAAAAAAAAACACACUAGGCUACAUUAACGUUAAAAACAUUGCUGUUAUAAAAAGUGUAACAGACAGACGGAGCAACAGGUGAUCCUGGUUCCCGGGCAGACGCGUGAUUGACAGCCGUGUCGGCCAAUCAGCUGGCAGAGAACGGAGCCCACGCACCAAUAGCGUGCGCCCGCAGUGUUGGUUGUGGGCGUUGAUCCAGGCUGACAGCAGUGUCAUCAGCGGUAGCUCCACACUGCUGGGACACCGAGGACAGACAGGGAGGGUUUGUCUCUGUAUCCGAGGAAGGUGUGUCUUUUUUUCUUCCCCCCGGUCGUGUUUGUCGACAUUAACGGUGGAAAUAACACCGUGAGUUGAAUUUUUUAAGGCUGUAGAGGCUCGAGAGGACCGCGUUUCUUGUUCAGAGAGGAUUUUAGACUGAAUGUUUUCUCCACAGAUGGCUCAGACUGGUAACUGCUGCAGUCGUUUUGGAAUAUCAGCAGCUCUGAGGAUUAUUGUUGGACAACUGGAUCAAAUCUCCCAAAUCACCAAUCCUUCCUCAUGAGGAAAGAUGGGGAACGGAUUGUCAGAGCAACCUAGCUUCCUCUCAAGCAUCCCGUUCUUCCAGUCGUUCCACAUCGCCAUCCUUGGGCUGGACUCCGCGGGGAAGACCACCGUUCUCUACAGACUGCAGUUCAAUGAGUUCGUGAACACGGUGCCCACCAAAGGUUUCAACGCGGAGAAGGUCAAGCUGUCUCUGGGCGGCCACAGGACUGGGACGUUCCACUUCUGGGACGUCGGUGGCCAGGAGAAGCUUCGCCCGCUGUGGAAGUCGUACACGCGAUGCACGGACGGCAUCAUAUUCGUGGUGGACUCUGUGGAUGCAGAGCGCAUGGAGGAGGCCAAGACGGAGCUCCAUAAAAUCGCAAAGACCUCUGAAAACCAAGGCGUGCCCCUGCUGGUGGUGGCCAACAAGCAGGACUUGAGGCAUUCUCUGGGACUUGAUGAAAUUGAGAAACUGCUGGCGCUGAAAGAACUAGGCCCCGCUACUCCCUGGCACCUGCAGCCAGCCUGCGCCAUCAUAGGAGAUGGGCUCAGGGAGGGCCUGGAGAGACUCCACGACAUGAUCCUUAAAAGGAGAAAGGUGCUCCGGCAGCAGAGGAAGAAGAGAUAAACCCGUCGCGAGAAAGACUUGUCUGCUGUUUUAUGUGAAGGAAUAUUCUCCCGGGUGGAUACAGGCCUCCCACUGCAGGUCACACAUUCAACGUACUGAGUUUUAUCAGUCCAGAACUGAGAUUUAGGAUUCCCGGUCUUGUGACAAUGCCGUUGAUCAGGAAGUGAUACAUAAAGGAGUACAGUAUGGAGAUUGAGAAAGGUUUCAGACAUGUGUGGAUAUGCUAUAAAAGAGUUUUAGAAAGCACUGAGGGUUUGUGGUGUGGAAGGGUGGUAGAAGUUAAGGAUGCUGUAUGUUUCAUGAAUGGCUAAUGGCUGUUCCAAACAACUACCAAAAAUAAUUUAAGAAAAGGCUUUGACUAGUUGAAGGGUUUCUUGGUAAACGAUUGAACAUUGUCACACCGGAGGGGCAAUGAAAUGUACAUCUGUUUUAUUUUACUGUUUUAUAUGUUAUUAUAACUUGUUCUUUCUUCUUUCUUUUUUUUUACACUGGACUUCCUUUGUCAAAGAAAAGUGUUAUCAUGCAUUAUUAUGAUGUGUUUUGCUGGCUUAUAUCGCUCAUUUCUUUUUUAAAAAAAGCACUUUAGAUGAUCACUUUGUAUGAAGUUUACAGUUUUAAAAUAGAGCAUAUUGUGUUGGAGUUAACAGAAAUGUUUGGGCAGAAUACAACAGAUGCUACUGUAGUUGGUCCACAUCGGCCACAUUGUCAUUAGACAGCUUAUGCAUUAUGUUUUGCUUAAUAAAAACAUAUUUAGAGCAAUGUU